AUGGACAUAGCUCUGGUGAGGUUGCAGGACGGCGGUGCGGCUCUGGGGAGCUGUCAGAGAGGCAACAGCAUCUCGGCGCACUUGGGUGUGAGCGCUGCCCCGGACAGUGGCUGGCCCGACCCCCAGCCGCUUCGUGGCCCCUCGGCCGGCAACAUGAACGACAUGAACGCGGCGGGGCUGCCCGACAACCUGCUGAAAGCCGUGGACCAGGGGCCGCCGGUGGACAACCUGCAGCUGCUGGACGUCAACCGCUCGGAGCGAGUGGUCAUCAACAUCGCCGGCCUCAGGUACGAGACCCAGUUGAGCACCUUGAGCCAGUUCCCGGACAGUCUGCUGGGCGACCCCGAGAAGAGAAUGAGGUACUUCGACCCGUUGAAAAACGAGUACUUCUUCGACCGCAACCGCCCGUGUUUCGACGGGAUCCUCUAUUUCUACCAGUCGGGCGGCAGGAUCCGGAGACCCGUCAACGUUUCCAUUGACAUGUUCGCCGACGAGAUCCGCUUCUACAAACUGGGACCCGAGGCCAUGGAGAGAUUCCGGGAGGACGAGGGCUUCAUCAAGGAAGAGGAGAAGGCUUUGCCCAAGAAUGAGUUCCAGAAGCAGAUGUGGCUCCUGUUUGAGUACCCCGAGAGCUCCAGUCCAGCCCGGGGCAUCGCCAUCGUCUCGGUGUUGGUUAUUGUCAUCUCCAUCAUCAUCUUCUGCCUGGAGACCCUGCCCGAGUUUCGCGAUGACCGCUACAGCGCCGAAAAGCAGGCGCUCAAUGGGACCCAGAGCCAGAGCAGCACCAGCCUGGUUGACCCCUUCUUCAUCAUUGAGACCACUUGUGUGGUCUGGUUCACCCUGGAGCUGCUGGUGCGAUUCCUGGCUUGUCCCAGCAAGUCCGUCUUCGCCCGGGACAUCAUGAACAUCAUCGACAUCGUGGCCAUCUUCCCUUACUUCAUCACCCUGGGCACCGAGCUGGCCGAGCAGCAGUCUAAUGGUCAGCAAGCCAUGUCUUUGGCCAUCCUCAGGGUCAUCCGCCUGGUGCGGGUUUUCCGCAUCUUCAAGCUGUCCAGACACUCCAAGGGGCUGCAGAUCCUGGGCCAGACUCUCAAGGCCAGCAUGAGGGAGCUGGGUCUGCUCAUCUUCUUCCUCUUCAUCGGGGUCAUCCUCUUCUCCAGCGCCGUGUUCUUCGCGGAGGCGGACGAGCCCAGGUCCCAUUUCUCCAGCAUCCCCGACGCCUUCUGGUGGGCGGUGGUCACCAUGACCACGGUGGGCUACGGCGAUAUGAAGCCGGUCACCAUGGGCGGCAAGAUCGUGGGAUCCUUGUGUGCCAUCGCCGGUGUGCUGACCAUCGCCCUGCCCGUGCCCGUCAUCGUCUCCAACUUUAACUACUUCUACCACCGGGAGACGGACAACGAGGAGCAGGCUCAGUACCUGAAGGACGACACGGAGAGCGAGGCCAGUCACUCGGAGGAGCUGAAGAGAAGCAGAAGCUCCCUGGGCAAAGCCUUGGAGAACAGUGAAGGGGUGAACAAUGGCGCCGGGGCCCACCUGAAGGCCAACAGUGCCCCGGACAUAAGGAAAUCUCUGUACGCACUUUGUCUGGAUCCAAAUACAGAAACGGACCUGUAG